AUGUCGAAGAGAAAGUUCGAAGAUCAAGAUUUUUAUUUCAUUUAAAAUCCAUCUCCUUAACAUUAAAUUAAAGUGGGUCUAUCGAUACAAGUGGUAAGACCGAUAAUUCAGUAUUCAAGACCUGGCCGAUGGCUACUUCAAAUUCAAAUGCCACUUACCUUAACACAACUCGGGUUAAUCGACUCCCAGGCCAGGCCUAGCUAG